CGAUAAUCCUACAUAAAAAUGGCUUCUUUCCCCCCUUUUUUGAAUGAGAUUUACAUCGCCCCCGUGGGGAGGAAGAACGGACGAAAAGGAAUCGUUUGUUUUCAAAAAAAUUAAUCCGCAGCCUCCAUCUUCUUCUAUUCAGUUUGAAGUCGCCCUCUCUCAAUAUUUGUUUCUCAUCAACCCCGUUUGUCCACUUCACAAUCGUCAAGAGAAGGAGAGAGUAAUGGCGACAAUAUCCGAGAAAUUUUCGGCUGAUUUUGCGAUGGGUGGGGUUGCCGCGAUUGUGGCCAAAACUGCAGCCGCACCCAUUGAAAGGGUCAAGCUUUUGUUGCAGAAUCAGGGGGAGUUGUUAAAGAGAGGUCAUCUCAAGAACCCAUAUCUGGGCAUUCAUGAUUGUUUCAGAAGAGUUUUGAAAGAAGAAGGGAUAUUGUCGCUUUGGAGGGGAAAUCAGGCCAACGUUAUUCGAUAUUUCCCAACUCAGGCUUUCAACUUUGCGUUCAAAGGUUACUUCAAAACCAAACUUGGGCGCUCAAAAGAGAAGGAUGGAUACAUGAAGUGGUUUGCCGGAAAUGUUGCUUCAGGAAGUGCUGCAGGAGCAUCUACAUCUUUGUUUCUGUAUCAUUUGGAUUAUGCACGUACUCGACUAGGCACAGAUGCAAAGGACUGUGGCAGUAAGAGGGUGCCCCAGUUUAAAGGGCUGCUCGAUGUCUACACGAAAACCUUGUCUACUGAUGGGAUUGUUGGUCUAUACCGAGGAUUUAGCGUUUCGAUUGUGGGGAUUACGCUGUACAGAGGCAUGUAUUUUGGGAUUUACGACACCUUGAAGCCUCUGGUUUUGGUUGGAAAUUUUGAGGGUAACUUCGUUGCUAGUUUCUUAUUGGGGUGGAGCAUCACCACCUGUUCUGGGUUAUGUGCAUAUCCUUUCGACACACUGCGACGAAGAAUGAUGCUUACCUCUGGACAAACCUUGAAGUACCGUAGCGGUCUUCAUGCGUUCUCAGAGAUCAUUCGCCUCGAGGGUUUUCCUUCUCUUUUUCGAGGAGUCAGUGCCAAUAUGCUUGCUGGUAUUGCAGGGGCUGGUGUUCUUGCUGGUUAUGAUCAACUGCACGAAGUUGCGUGUAGACACGGUUACUCCUUUGGGGAACCUCAAAUAGCCCCAAAAUGAUCGAAAAUGGUACACACAACUUUUCAUUGUUUGUGUAUACUGUACUGUAUAAUCCAAAUACAUCUACAUUUGUUGGUUGUUAUAUAAUUGCAAAUGGAAGUAUUUUACAGUUUGUGUUUCAG